CUGUCGUACCUGAUCCAUGGCGCCGUCAUUCUUCGACAUCGCCCCCGAACCCGCGCUCGCGAUUGUUUCACUGGCCAUCUAUAAGUACCAAACGACCGUGUUUCUCCCCGGCUGCUGCCCGCCCUCCUCGUAGUACCGCCGGUCGACCCGGGAUCCACGCACGCGCACUAUGGCCCCCUCCCUUCUCGCGCUCUGUCUCCCGCUCGCCUCCGCGCUCCUCUCGACGGCCAUCCCGCUCAAACUCGAAAAGCGCGCGAGCGUCACCGCGCUCUCCUCUUCUCAGAUCAGCGCCUUCAAGCCGUUCUCCUUCUUCGCCAGCGCCGGCUACUGCGACCCGUCCGCGACGCUCGCCUGGACCUGCGGCGCCAACUGCGACGCGAACCCGGGCUUCGUGCCCGUCGCGUCGGGCGGGGACGGCUCCAAGGAGCAGUUCUGGUUCGUAGGGUUCGACCCCGCGCACGACACCGUCAUCGUCUCGCACCAGGGCACGGAUCCCUCUGCAAUCAUCCCGCUCGUCACCGACUCGGAGUUCUUCCUCGGCGAGUUGGACUCGACGUUGUUCCCCGGCAUCGACUCGUCGAUCAAGGUUCACGACGGGUUCCGCGACGCGCAGCAGAAGUCCGCGUCGGACGUGUUGGCUGCGGUGAAGAAGACUAUGUCUGCUCACGGAACGACCUCCGUGACCAUGGUCGGGCACUCGCUCGGCGCCGCAAUCGCUCUGAUCGACUCGGUUUUCUUGCCGUUGCACCUCCCCUCCUCCACCACAUUCCGCGUCAUCGGCUACGGCAUGCCCAGGGUCGGCAACCAGGAAUUCGCAGACUACAUCGACUCUCAUAACGGGGUGACGCACAUCAACAACAAGGAAGACGAGGUGCCGAUACUGCCGGGCCGCUUCCUCGGCUUCCACCAUCCCUCGGGCGAACUGCAUAUCCAAGAUUCCGAAAGCUGGCUGUCCUGCCCAGGCCAGGACAACACGGACGACGAGUGCACGACCGGGGACGUGGGCAACGUCUUUGAGGGUGACCUUGACGACCACGACGGACCCUACGACGGCGUCGUGAUGGGCUGUUGAUCGACGAUACAAAACGCUCGUAGAUCGUCUUGCGAUGACACGUAAGGCUCACGCUUUGACAGUGGACAUGCUAUCGACAUUGAUCGGAUAUCUCUGGGAGACUGGGACGAUAUUACACUAUGGAUAUUUAUGGC